AUGCACUGGCCACAACGAUUUUUGCCUUGUCUGCUGUUGGCUCUCUACGUUUUCCUCUGUUCCGCCGACGAAGAGUACGACAUUCCGUUGGCUCCGUAUAAUGUGAAAGUGAGUGGAAGCGAUCUCUUCUGAUGUCCCACGUGUUUCCAGUUAAUGUGUCGGCAGGGCCGUCGCUUCUCAAAGGCGGCUCAGGCGACGAAUCAGUGUCCGACGUCGUCCACUUCCUGCGGCUAUUUCGAGUUCUCGAGUACGGAUGAGAGGAACGGAAAUCCGAAGACUGGCGUGUACGAUUGUGUCGACGGAGGAAUCCUUUUCGAGGAUUCCGGAGAAGUCGACGACGCAGAAGACCGACAUCGAGCCGUGAGUGAUUCUGGAGUUGUUCUGAUUCUGGAGACUUGCGCUUUCAGCCGAUCUACUCCGACAUGUGCGGUGCCGUUCCGAAGUGUACCACUUUGCCGGUCGACAAACUGAAUCCGUCGUUCGUCAAGUACAUUGUACAGGAGUACGACAUCAAACUGGAACUUCUGAAGAACACGGAAAUCCGCUUCUGUUGUGCUCUUUUCCACUCGACCCUCCAGAGAUUGGUCACUUCUCCCACUUUCUCGUUGCGUGAGUUGCUGAUCAUACUGUACAGUAACCAUACAGUAACAUCUUUGUGAGUUCGGCAUUUUCAGCAGAAAUCGCAGCUCCUCCAGUGAGUUGUCAAGGAAAAACUUGUGGAGCAGGGGCAGUCGGUGCCUUCUGCACGCUGUGCACGAAGAAGAAUACGACGAUUACGAAGGUGAAUGGUCUCAAGUACGGUUAGCAGAAACGAAUUCAAUUUAGAAGAGAGCAAACGGAGGUACAAACGACUUGCUCUGAACGAUUACAUUGAGGACGAAGACGAUUACGUGAACGCUGUUGAGGUUAGAAUCACGGAAAAGAUCCGAUAGAAUUCACUGUCCCGUUCAGCUCAACUUCGAAGAUUCCGACCUCGAACUGAUCGCCAGAGAACCUCCUGAGGAAACGACGACGACGACGACUCUAGCUCCGACUUUGCCGAGCUUGAAGUUGCCAAUGUCUCUAGGUUAGUUCAAGUUCUUCGGGAAAGUAAAACAGUUUCGGAUUCAGAUGACUUGACGACAACGUUGCCGAUGACGACUACGACGCCCAGUCCCUCCACAAAAACGAAGACGACUGCUUCGUCAGCAUCGUCCAAAAGUAAAACCUUCAAUAAGAAACCUCAUUCGUACGAAGGUGAGAGGAACUUUGAGAACCGUACCGUUGAGCUGAACUUUUGCAGAAGAUGAGGAAGAACAAGAGCCGCAGCAGUCGACUCACUGCGUCUACCGUCAUCUGAACAACGAAUUCUAUCGUUAUUGCCUCCUGGUCCAUCAAUCUCGUGACGGCGACCGAUGUUACCACCAUCAGGGACACACAAUAUGUUGUUGCUUUGUAGCUCCGGACAAAGAGACUUGUGAUCCCACCGAAAUGGAUCUGAUAGUUCCACCCCCGCCUAUCGACGGAAGAGCUCUACCGCCACGUGUCAUCGUGACUAUCCCACCCAGCACGAGCACUACAACCACAACUACCUCAACCACUGCUGAACCAUCAACGGAAAUCCCCUCAGUCCCCUCGACAACUACAAUUCCAACUUCUACUCCGGAACCCUCAAAAUACCCCACAUUGCCUCCACAAGUUUACCGUCCCGUCCGAUCGAUCAGAUCAAAAGGAGGAAACAAAUGCCCAAGAAGUGAGUCGAGUCUCCUGAUUCCAAUUUCAGUCCGAUCAUUCAUUCCAGAUGUCGCGUGGCUUACGUUCGCACCAAAUCGGGCUCCCGGACGCGUCCCGUGUUGGUUUGCGAGUCGGCGAGUGCUGCCAACAUCUUCUCCUUCCCAGUUGUUCUUGUUUUCUCAUUCGUCUUCUUGUUACAGGUGUUUUGAUUUUGCUCUCUCUCUCUCUUUCCUUUGCCAAAAUGAAUCCGUUUCGUAUUGCCACGUCAUGAACGUUGCUUUCUCUCCCGAUCGCAUAGUCAGCCGGUGGUCAGUCGGCAUCAAGUUACACAACAAACAACGUUGAAAUUCAUUCGCUCUUUUCACAGGUACACAUCCGUAUAGACUGAGAGCCGCUGUUCCCCCUUUAUUCCCGUUCACUACACUACCUCACUCCCUUUCACUUAUUCCAUCAACUUUUCGUACGUUUUUCCAUAACUUUCUCCAACUUGCCAAAUCGAAAGUGUACAUACUUUUCCUCCCCCUUCUAUGCUACUUUUCAUCCAUCCUCCCCUCCUCCCAACCGGUUGUUACGGUCUCUAUUCGUCGCAAAUCCCUGAAGAGUAGAACCGGACCGUGCCGUACGAGGAGGAGUAGGAGGAGGCUGCUUCACAGUCCAUUUGGAUGCCGACGUCAUUCUCUUCCAUUUUCAGCAUGUCAUGAUGAUCCUCAAAGUUAUUCCCUUUCUCCUCUUUGCCUUAGUGAGCAGAACAAAUGCACUCAUAUCCAGGGUCUGUUUCCAUUCAUUCUUGUUUCAUCUCUUUAAACAUUUUUGCAGAUAUCAACAGACUGUGACGUGGAAUUCGCAGAAUCAGCCACAAAAUUGGCGUCCGAACACAUCACAGAUCCCGCAAUCGUUCAAUACAUCCAUGCGGUGAUGUCCUCGUGCAACAAAGCUCCAAUCCAGAAAAUGGCGGAAACGUCUGUCUUCCUUCUGGAAAAAGGAACGAUCACUCCGAGAGUGAUGCAUCAGAUCAGAGAAACGUUCGAGAAGAUUCAGAAGAGAAAAGAAGGAGAGAUGAGCAAGAAAAUGAGUCAAUUGCCACCCGAAUUGUACAGUGUAAGGGCAUACAUUUCAAUUCUUUUCAUCCUUUUGAUUCUUCAGACCGCCCAGAAGAUUCGAAUGAUCUCAACUUCGGGCGGAUUGAGUGGAAACGAACGUCUACAACAGAUCGAAAUUGCUCUCGGAGGUGAUCUCAAUGACGUGGAAACGUUUGUCUCAGUCCAAAAGCACUUUCUUGUUGCAAUGAAAUAAGAUAAAUGCCAACUUUUCCCAGGUUUUUAUUCAGCACUUCCCUCUUCGUAUCAGCGUCAGCUUCUGCAAAUCCUCGAAGAAUCACCUCCGAAGCUCGACGGAACCACGUUCGAGCAGCCAGAGAAACCAGUGAGCGUUGACUCUUCUGAUUCUAGUCAGCUCCUUUUCAGAUUGAAGUUUCACCCCUUCCGCCCUCGUUUUCGAUUCCGAAACACACCGAUUCGGUGGAGAACAGGCAACAAUUUCUGGCACAAGAGAGAGAAGAGCAAGAGGAUGAACGGCGAAGUGAGCAAAGUGAGCUAUUCCCGAAGGGUAUGUCGUAUGUGAUGUCACAAUUGAUUCACGUUUUCAUUACUUACUCAGAACCAUCGAUGAUUCCACGUGUGAAUAUGCCGUUCCAGCCUCAAGAGAAACACAUUGAAAUCCAUCCUCAGCAGAUAAACAGAGCCCAUCAGAACGUGCUCUUCCCUGAUCUUCCGCCAACUAGACCGGUGACUAAAAAGACUAGAAACCAGUACCGAACAAGUUGACCGUGUUCCAUUCUUCAGAUUGAACCUGUAAUCAAGAAUCAAGCAGCCGGACUUCGAAGUUUCCUCGAGAACCCAAAUUUCGACAGCAUUCUCAGCUCGAUCGUUCAGAAAGGAGCCAAGAUUGCCGAGGUCCGCUCCCGCAGACAGUCGGCGCCGUGGAUCACUCAAAGGCGUCGUCGUCUUCUGAAUUGAGUCUUCUGAAUCCGUCCGUGUGGUCAGAUGCUGCUAAACUGCUCUCAAGGAGUACGAACGACUUACCAACUGCUGUAAGUGUUAUUCAGAGCGAACGAUUCAAAAGUUCUUUAUUCCAGCUCUCAAAGUUUAUCGAAAAGGGUUCGCAAAGCUUGCCGCAAGUGUUUGUUCCGAGCGGAAAUCCUGUUCGUCAGUCCCCUAUCAAGGAUUAUCAAAGUGAGAUUGCACAUGUACUGAUCCGCACCAUUUUCAAUUUCAGCUCCAUUCCUUCCUACCCGCCGUCAAAACGACGGUGCUCUCGACAAGUACGACACGCACGUGGACAGAUUCGCGACAAUGGUCCCGCUAAUCGGAUCCAGAUCCAGGGAGAUCUAUCGCAUCUCCGUCUCCCUCCCGUCGGAACCACAACAGCGGAAGUACGGCAAUUCAGCCGACGAAGGUGGAUACGGUAGUCGGGGCGAUGCCGACGAUGCCUCCGGCCGCUGGAUACGGGACUUACGCCCCUGCUCCGACGGCCAUAAUUCCGAAAGUGAUUGAGAGAAUUCUUUCUCCAGAGGAGAUAACGGGCUCAUACAGGUGAGGCGGACAGAUAGGGAACACAGAAAAGAGUUGUCUCUUUCAGAAUGCAACAGAUCCGUCCUGUCAUGAACGAGAGGCGUCCUAAUGGACAGCUCCGAAAUGUGCAAAUCAAUCUAGUCAACGAGCAGAGAAGACUGUGA